AUGUCGCGUUUCUUUUUGUUUUUCUUUUUAACGUCCGUCUGCGUCGCUCAGACAAGUGUUUCUGCUGAUGGAGCCGCGACUUUUAACUGCUCGACCAUCAGAGAGUUGCUGAGCUCAUGUCAUGAAGAAAGCCUUCAGAUCAUCGAGAACGCCUCACCCUACAGUCAAAGACGAAGCACAACUCAAGCAGAGUCUGACAAUCUGGGGGUUUCCAGAGCAGGAGAGGUUUUUCACAUGGCCCUGCAGCUUCUGAAGGACAAGGCACAACAGAAAUAUGAAAGGAAAUUUACUGCUUCAGAGUUGCUGUCGUGGGAAAAUGUGAAGCUGCUUGGGGAGCUGUCUCAGUGUCCUGCUGCAACAGAUCCAGAUGUUUGUGAGCAGAGUCAUCACAACAAAUACCGCACCAUAACUGGACUCUGCAACAACAGACAAAAUCCUCGCUGGGGAGCAGCCAACACUGCCUUGGUCAGAUGGCUUCCAGCUGAAUAUGAAGAUGGGGAGGGAGAACCCAAUGGCUGGAACCGAGAACGGCUCCAUAAUGGAUUCCAACUUCCCCCGCCUCGGCGGGUCAGCAGGGAAAUAAUAAGGAGCUCCUGUAAAUGGAGAGAAGAUGACUACUCUCAGCUGCUGGUGGACUGGGGACAGUACAUUGAUCACGACAUGACCUUUACACCUCAGAGCAUCAGAAGUGCUGCUUUCUGGACAGAUGUGGACUGCCAUAAAACAUGUGAAAAUGUGCAUCCCUGCUUCCCCAUUGAGAUUGAAGGUUCGCUCUGCAUGCCUUUUCGUCGCUCCACUCCAGACUGCUUCAUCACUUCUGGGUCUGAUUUCCAUCAAGUCCUGCAGCGACAGCAGCUGAAUGCCAUCACAUCAUACAUCGAUGCUUCUCUUGUUUACGGCCACACUCCAAAACUAGAGAGCACCUUUCGUGACCUUUCCGGCCUGAGUGGAAAACUCACCGUCAACAAAAGAUUCAGGGACCAAAACGGAAGAUCUUUUCUUCCUUUCGUAGUCAAGACGCCAUCAGCGUGCCGCACGGAUCAGCAGGGGGAGAGAGUGGAGUGCUUCAGGGCCGGAGACAGUCGGGUCAACGAGGUUCUUCCGCUGAUCGCUUUGCAUACGCUGUGGCUCAGGGAGCACAAUCGAAUCGCCGAGGCACUGAAGCUCAUCAACGAUCACUGGAGCCCUGAAAUCAUCUACCAAGAAACCCGCAAGAUUGUUGGAGCCAUGCACCAGAUUAUAACAAUGAGAGAUUACGUCCCAAAAAUAAUUGGGCUGGAGUCAUUUGAACGUUACAUCGGGCCCUACAGGGGAUACGAUCCAACUGUGGACGCCUCAGCCUCCAAUGUGUUUGCCACUGCAGCGUUACGGUUCGGCCAUGGGACCAUACCACCAAUCCUCAGUAGACUGAAUGCAAGCUUCCAGGAGCACGAGCAAUACCCCCACCUGAGAAUUCACAAGUCUUUCUUCAGUCCUUGGAGAAUAGUCAAAGAAGGUGGGAUUGAGCCAACCCUGAGGGGCUUGAUUGGAACGGCAGCGCCAACGGUUCAUGCAAACUCGCUGCUGGUGGAGGAAGUAACAGAGAUGUUGGUGGUUCUUGAUACACAUCAAAAUAUGGAUCUGGCUUCUCUGAAUCUGCAGAGAGGACGAGACCAUGGACUUCCAGGUUACAACAAGUGGAGGAACUUCUGUGGAUUGAUGCAGAUUCAGACCUUGGCUGAUCUCACCAAGGCUGUAGGAGAUGUCAGUGUUGCUGAGAAGAUACUGGAUUUAUACAAACAUCCAGACAACAUUGAUAUUUGGCUCGGAGGACUCGUUGAAAACAUCAUACCUGGAUCAAGAACUGGUCCGCUGUUUGCUUGUCUGAUCGGAAAGCAAAUGAAAUCCAUCCGUGAUGGUGAUAGGUUUUGGUGGGAAGCCGAUGGCGUUUUCACGCAGCAGCAGCAGAACGAGCUUCUGAAAGCGUCUCUGUCUCGGGUUAUCUGUGAUAACACCGACAUACAGGAAGUCCCUCCUGAUUCCUUCAAAUUUGGGAACUAUCCAGCCGAUUAUGUCGAGUGUGGUGCGAUCCCAUUGAUGAGCCUGGACGCUUGGAGAGAGGAGAGGAGUCGGGACCUAGAGCUCUGUGGCUUGCCAAGACCAAUAAAAAAUGGAGAUUUCAUAUUUUCAUCCCAAUCUGGCAUACUGACCGCUCUCUACUCCUGUUACCAUGGCUUCAAAUUAGAGGGAGCUGCUGAAAUCAUUUGUGAAGGAAAUCAGUGGAGUAAUGAAGCCCCUCGGUGCACAUGUGAGUGA